GGGUAAUAUAGGACACCACGCUCGGGCUUCGGGGCUACAGCCACGCGCUAGUUUCCUGCCUUUCUUUUAGCAAGUUGGAUUUGAAAUUUCAAUUCGCCGAGUUCAUAUGGACUGCGUUUAAGGACCGGAAAAGCGUGGGUUAUUAUUAUUAUUAUUUUAUUUAAAAAAAAAGAAAAAAAAAGAUUAUUUGAGGAACGGUGUGGGAACCGAGACAUCGUACGCGCGCCGCACGCGCUUUGUUGUUUCGGUGUGGAAAUACGAUAAGCGCGAGACCAUGAACGUGUUCGCCGACUCCGAUUAUCUCGCCGCCGAGUGUCUGGUGUCGAUCUCGAGCGGUCCCGUGCUUUACAGGGCCAGGGCCGAGGCGGACGGCUCGAGUGAGGACAGGGAGGUGCGCGAGACCCUUAGGCUCGAGGGCGCGGGCGAGGAGGCCGACGUCGACCUCGCGGACACACACACCGCUUUCCGGCCCAUGUCCGCGCACUCAGAGAGCAGCAGCAGCUCGUCGUCGAGCUCGUGCGGCGAGAGCGGUUAUGCCACGCUGUGCGAUUCGGGCACCGCGACCCCGACCAUGACCCCCACCGGUACCCCGGUUCCGGGACAGACAAACCGCAACGCCCCCCAGCAGAUGUGGGCAGAGGCAGUGGGAGGAGGUGGAGGAGGAGCGCCGCGCUCUCCCUCUAAGCGCCACCCGUGCACUUACGACGGAUGUGACCGAGUGUACGGCAAAUCGUCCCACCUGAAGGCGCACAUCAGGACUCACACAGGUGAGAGGCCGUUCCCAUGCACUUGGGCCAAUUGCGAGAAGAAAUUUGCCCGUUCCGAUGAGCUGGCACGCCACCUGCGCACUCACACGGGUGAGAAGCGCUUCCAGUGCCCGCUUUGUGCCAAACGCUUCAUGCGCAGUGACCACCUGAUCAAGCACGCACGUCGUCACCCCGAUUUCCACCCAUCCAUGAUCGGACGCAGGGGGCAUUGCUCACCCCAGGGUCGAGGAUCAUCCAUCAGCACACAGUCUCAGUAAACCAGCAGCAUCCACUUCACAACUUAAACCCAGUUGGACACCAAUUCAACCCCAUUUUUUAAACACAUCAUCCACCUGUUUUGAACACCAAGUUCUCACUACCUUCGAAUCCCCUCGCCUCACCUUCCUUCGAGUUCAGUUGUGUGGUUGAGCUGGUCAUUUGCCUCAACACAAUAAUCCUGGUGCAAUUGUAUCAUCCAACAUGAUUGACGAGUGAUGUCAAACCUGCUGCAAGAAUUCCACACAUCACAGAGCCAUUCAGUGCUCCAAGCCUCUCUUGCCACAAGCACAACAGGCUACUCCUUCCAGGCAGUUAAGCUAUUUUAAGAUGGCCGCCCACAACGCAGCACAAUCCUCACUCUCAGAUUCUUCAGUUGUUUCUGAAAGUCUACUUUAGUUACAUCACUUCUCAGCCAUGUUUGAGAUGUCCUUUUCUCUUUUCCGGUUUACGCGUGUGGAUGUUAAAUCCCCCUAUUAAACAGACACUGUCUGAAAUGAUGUCAUUCCAGUUUCAUUCUGCGUUCCAGUACAGUUUUUUUUUAUUUUUUAUGCACCCUUGUUGGCAUUCAUUCACAACUGCAUUACAGUACUAAAAUGGCCACUUACAACGCAGUACAAAAAACAUUCGCCCUUAGCAGGAAGCACAGUGUAUUUGAAGUGAAUUUUAACUUGCUGACUAACUAACUAAUUAACCAUCUUAGCAUGUCAUCUAGCUGGCUAGUGUGCUAAACAGCUGGAUUGUUAACUAGCUAGCUUGCUCAGACUAGUCAGAUCAGCUAUCAUGACUAGCUUCAAUCCAAUGUUACCGUUUUGAAGUACUUUUUUCUUCUGCUUCAAUGCCAUCUGCCACUUUGCAUUAGCUCUACGGUCUAAAACCCAAGGAUAAACAAGGGCGUGCUCUAAACAGUACUGGAAUGCAGUCUUAGAUGGACCACAUCAUAUCUUCACAUGGUGCUCUAUUUACAGUUCUUCUGUAACUGACUGUAAGAUUUUAAAAUGGCAAAAAAAAAAAAACAACAACCUGUAACUCGGUUGUUAAUCUCACAAAUAGUCCGUUCAGAAUUGUGUGGGUUUUUUGUGGUGUUUUAAAAAAAAUUUUAUUGUAAGCUGGUUUAUGUUUACCUGCGCCACUGUGCUGGAGUGCCAGUGACGUUCAUUUCUAUAGGCUAACUAAUGACGGUAACUAAUACCUAUAAAAAAAAAUGUAUAUCAAUAAUGAGAAUGAAAGAUAAAUAUUUCAUUCAGGAACUCUUGCAUUUCCAUGCUGAGGUCUUUAAUAUUGUCAUAAGUUAUUUUUCUUUGCAAUUACCUUUUGUUUGCGCAAUUUAUAUAAUAUACAUAUAUGUAUUUGGUUUUUAUAUUGCCUUUCCAAAAUUAAGAUGAAUACUGAUGUUCCAUGAUGACUGAAAUGGUUAAAUGGUUCGACGUGUUUUUAGUUCAUUUAUCUAUUAGGUAUUUCUCAUAAACAACUUUUUUUUUUUUUUUAAAAAUUAUCAAAAUAUUUAGACGUGUUGGACAUGCUGGAUGGUUGCAGACAGCUUGUUGUCCGUAUGUGUGUGUGAGAGAGUGUAUGGGAAUAGCUAUGCUUGAUGCUUCUAGAGUAGAGAUGUUAUAUAAAUUACAACGGUUUAUAGACCUUCUCUUAGGGAUAAAGGGCACUCGAUGAUCGCUUUAAUGGAUGGGCCUAGUGCUUGCUUGCUUGUGUGGGAACGUACGUAUGCCAUGUAUGUAUAAGUGCGAAAACGCCGACCUCUCUCCAACCACAUCUAUCUCAGAGAACAAUGCAAACACAUCAGGAAUUUCAGAAAGCCUUAAUUCCUCUCUAACUUAUUUUGCACCAUUGUUUACCGUUAAACAGUUUUUACAGGUAACGUAUGCCACAGGGCGUUUUUUUUUUCUUUUUUCUUUUUUUUUUCCUUCAACAAAAUAAAAUACAAAUAUGCAAUAUUGCACUUUUCUUCUAGAUGAUGUUGUUGAUGAUGAUGCAUCCGUCUGCUAGCGUGAUGGGUAACACUGUAUAAAUAUACGUCUGCAAAAAUAAAAAAAUUAAUAAGGGAACACUGUGGAAUUGGAGCGGGACCAGUCACGGGAAAAAUAAAACACUUUAAUUUUGGGAUGUACCUUUUUUUUCCCAAGUGCUUGAAUAAGUGCGACAAAGGGAAGAAACGGACUUGCUUGUUCAUAGAAAUUUUUUACAAAUAUUUUCCCCCCUGUACUGUUUUUUUUUUUUUUGUGUAUGUUUUUGUUUUUUUCUUGGAUAAAUAUCAGUUGAAUGAACUCCGGCAUCACUUUUCUCGUCCUUCUUUCCUUCCCAUCCAUGCAAAAGUUUCGUUUUAUUUUUCAAAGAUUGUUUCUAAUACAGUCUACGAGAUGAUGGCAUCUAUCCACACACACAAUGCAAUACAAGGACUGUGACAGGUAGCUGCUGGCAGUUAUCUGAACUGUUACACAUCAAAAAGGUCAAACUAAUGAAAAUACAACGUCUUUUUCUCAACGGAUGUCAAAAAAAGAAACAAACAAGACUAUCAUACCUCUGGUCAAAUAUGUCAGAACUUGACUGUGUCUGCCAUACUGUUCAUAGCAAAUGUGUUAUUUUUUAGUUUUGUUUUUUUUGCAUUAGUCUUUCACCACACCGACAUUUUAGCCAUAAUGGCCUUCAACUUGUCUCAUUUCAACUGAUUUCAAAUCUUUUUAACAUGCCUUUCUGGUAAAUUCAACCCCUUGUUCAACCCCCCUUCCUACAUCUAAUCAGUAUGCAGUUAUCGCUAGCACUGCUAAUUCUUGGCCAGUAAAUGCUAUUACAAAAAACAGUCUUAUUUUUCUUGUCUUUCAUUCUGUCGGUUUUUUUUUUUUUUUUUUUUGGCUUGACACUUUCUUUUGUAUUUUAAGUGUCACAUGCCAUGUAUUACUGCUAAAAGGAAAGAAACAAACAAACAAAAAAAGAGCUAAUGCUGCUAACAACCAUUAGCAUUAUGCAAGUGAGAUCAUGCUAACAUGUUUAGCUUUAUUAGCCAUCAUAGCCUUUGUGGAUAAAGUUUCUUUGGUGACCCGUAGUGGCCUUCUCGGUAGUUUAUGAUGAAGUCCAUGCUAGUUGGGUACGUUAGCAUUUACUUUUUUGUGUAUGUGUAGUUUUGUUUGUUUUUUUUCCCCUCAAGUGGGUGUCUCGAUGCAAAAACAACCCUAUGUCUUUUGCGUGUCAUUUCUGUUCUCUGUAGUAUCGUUUAAUUUUUGACUUCCUUUGUCACUAAUCUUUUUUCUGUGCUUUUUUUUUGUUUCUAUUAUUAAGUUUUAUUAUUUUAUGUGUGUCAAAGGAAUGCUCAGUACAGAAAUGCUAGCAUUACUGAUAACGAACAAAAGACUUUAACAUCCCUAAAGCUGUGUCGCUUUAGUUUAUCUUAGUUUGGUGUUUUAAAAUGUGUCGCACACAAAAAUGCAAAUAUUGCCAACCUGUCAGUUUUAUGCAAAUUAUUUCAUGCUAACUGAUCAGCGAUAUUAGCUGUGUUGGCAUUUAUGAGUGAAGCAUUCCUUUGAUGGUCUUGUGUAACCUAUAAAGUAUGUAUAACGACACCCUCCGAGGUAGUUUAGGACAGUGCCUGUGUAACUG